CGCCCCCAAACGAGAAUCGGAUCUGAGGCAGCCGAAGGUGGAGCACUUGAGAGAAGGAAGGAGGAAAGAUUGACGACGAAAUGGGUUUCAUGAAAUAGAAACGGGUUAUACCGGAAAUUGAUGGAUAAUAUCCACUUUAAUUUUAUAUUAAUUUCCGCCACGUGCCGUGAUGUGAUUGGGCCACUUACCCAGGUUGGAUGAACUUCAUCCAACUCAGGUUGGACCCAAGUAUUGUCCUUACGAAAAUGCUUAUUGGACUUGGGUUUGGUUACACACACAGCAGAAAUAAGCUUGGAACACACAAUAACACUCCUCCUUCCCCAUAUAAUACCUGACACACAGUGUCACACACACACUAACACACAGUAUAUAUGAGAGAGUGGUCAGUAUUAAACCAUUCUAAUUUCUACCACCCAACCAAACCAUGGUGGUUGUGACUUCCACUACCACUUUAUCUUCUCUCCAAGCUCAGACCUCUCCUUCUCUGCUCUAUCUUCGCCAUCGUUACAGAAACCCUAAAAGACCCAAUACCUCCAAAGUAUCAAACUCUAAUGGGGUCUUAUCCAUUAGAGCUUACAUGGAGAAUGAGAACUCAAUUUCUGGUUUUGCCAACAAGGUCAUCGGUGCACUGCCCCUUGUUGGCCUGGUGGCCAGAAUUCUGAGCGAUGAAGGCGGUGUCGGCACCGACACCGUCGAUUUCGCAGAGUUCCGGCGGAGGGUGGGGAAGAAAUGCAACAUCACCGACUCGAGAGCUUUCAUUGAAUUUCGAGAUAGGCGAGGCAGGUCAGGGGAUCCAUUGUAUGUGCUACUGUGCUGUUGGUUAGCGGCGGUUGGUGCUGGUCUGCUGAAAACUGAGGAAAUUUUGGAAGGGGUGGCGAGGCUUCGGCUUUCAAAUGAUAUCGAGUUUGAAGAGGAGAAUUUUAUUUCUAUGAUGAAUGAAGCAAAAGAGAAGCGGGCAAAGCUGAGGGUUCCUACACCUGCCGUCCCAUUGGAGAUUAGAGCCGAGAAAGCUCUUGAAGCUAUUUAUGUGUGUUGCUUUGGGAGGGACCCUGUAGAAGAAGAAGAUGAGAGAUUACUACGUGUCAUGCUUAACGCCGUUUUUCCCUCAGUUGGUCAAUCAAAGAUAGAUAAGAUGGUCGGAGACAAGGCAAAGAAAGUAGCUGAAGGUAGUGAAGAAGGCAACGUUCCAGAGCCAAAGCCCUUAUCAAAAGAAGCCGUGCAGAUGCAAAUGAAGGACCUUCAGUUUCUCAGACAAAACAGUGAGACUUAACAACUUGUUGCCUUUUUCGCGACUCUCUUCGGAAAUUUUAUGAAGCUGUGGUAAACCAGAGGAGUAUCUUGUACCGUGUGAUGUAUAAUUUUGGAACAAAUGCUUGAAGCACAUAAGAAGUUGAUACUUUGUUGGAAUACAGAACUUUCUUGCUUUACUAAUAAGUAGCGGUUGUGAUUGAUAAUUUUACAGUA